AUGUACCAACAAUCGCCACAUACGUACUCAUCAGCUGAUUCGUUCAAGCGAUCUUCCAACAACCCAUUUAGACAACUUCCUCCUACACCCGCACAGCACAGGACAACACACAACUAUAGUCCACGGAAAUCCUCGACUCUAUCUACAAGCUCUAGUCAAUUUGAUAGUUGGGUUGCAAAAAACAAACAACUCCUCGACAGCUCGGAUGAGGAGGAUUUUUAUGCAGAGGAUGAGGAUGGCGAGGGAUCAGUUGUUAGCCCAAAUAAAGUAUUGUCGUAUUACCAAAGCAAUGGCUCUGCAGAUAGCAUUAAACAACCUACAUCUUACUUUAACACUCCAAGCAAGAGACUGAGUCUCAACCCCCACAUGCAUGUACCACAACAACCUCAGUUCCAACAACCACCACGACCAUCGGCUAUGCCCAGACCCAUUAGGGCAGGCAGUGAUUCCAGUAUCAACUACUCUAAAAGACCCAUGAAAUCAAACAACCCAUUUGCUUCCGCUUUGAAUGAGGAGCAGGAUAGAACUGAACGUAGAUCUCCGGAGCGCCACAGACUGAAUGUCCCACCAGCUCGUCCACCAAAACCACCUCAGUCUGAAUUUGCCCCACCUUCUUAUGAAGAAGCAGCAGGCCCUGAAGCUAGUAAAAGGGAGUACAGAAGAGAAAAAGAACCAUCAUCGUCGUCUUCAUCAAACUCACACUCACACUCACAAUCACAAUCACAAUCACAAUCACGUUCACGUUCACACCCACAUUCAUCGUCAAGAGAGCACCGUAGAGGUUCUGGGUCUGGCUCUACAUCUGACCCAGACUCCAAGAGUCAUAGACACCACCAUCACUCGUCUAGUAGUCGCCACAAGUCUUCCAAAAAAUCCUCUAAGAAGAAGGAAGCUGUGCCAGCAAAGAAUUUGGACACCAUUGAUAAGCUCGACGUUACAGGUUUCUUUGGUGGCGGGUUCCAUCACGACGGUCCAUUUGAUGCUUGCACUCCUCACAGAAACAAGAAUGUCAAGAAAGCACCAGUGAUGGCAUUCCCCAUAGAUGGCCCCAAUAACUCGAUUGCCGGUGCAGCAAAUGUUGAUAAAGAUGCUCAGAUGAAACUCGCUUUUGGAAACUAUGAUGCACGCGAUGAGUACACCGAUUCCGAAAUUAAGGAAAACCCACCAGUGAUUAAAACGAACAGAGUCACCAACGAUCCUUCAACAAGCAUAUACACACCAAAGCAAAACCCUUCAGUGAUCAACUUUGACUCCCAGGGCAAAGCAGAACCUAUACACGGAGAAUCUACUGCUGGAUUAGGAUCUACAACUUUUCUUAAUGGCGCACCAGCACCCAAGGCUGCAGACGACCAUUUAAAUGUGAACAAUGGUGGUCUUGCUAGAAAAAAAUCAUUGGCUCAAAGGUUAAGAAAGAAUAGCGGCUCUGAAGGCAACUCCAGGAGAUCCUCCAAUGAUGGUCUCUAUGCUGCAGUAUCUGACGGUGCAAAUGGUAGGCGCGGGUCCUUCAACACUUUAGACACUGAUAACUCAGAUGACUUGAAACCUCCUGGAAACUCCUUCAUACGAAGGGUAAAAAGUUUGAAAGUGAGAAGGUAG